AUGGGAAACAAGAAGGUGCAUCAGUUGGCGCGUAGAUUCUGGGAGCACGAACCAUCCCUCUCCCUCUCCUCUUCCGACCUUAAGAUCUUCAUUAGACCCAAAACAAAGCUUCCCAGGCCAAAUUCUCAUCAGGUGGAUAUUCAAGGAGGAGGCACGAGAUGGAAUCCAACGCAAGAGCAGAUUGAGAUUCUGGAGAUGAUGUAUAGAGGAGGGAUACGAACUCCAAAUGCACAACAGAUAGAACAAAUCACUGCGCAGCUAAGCAUGUACGGAAAAAUCCAAGGCAAGAACGUUUUCUACUGGUUCCAAAACCACAAAGCACGAGAAAGGAAAAAGCAGAAGCGCGACUUAGUUCCAAUUACCACAAUAUCUCUGGAAAAUAUGGAAAGAGACGUGGAUGGUCCAUGUAAGAGAAAAUGCAGGAGGUGGUGCAUGGAAGAAGAAAGCAAAGAGAAGAAAACCACAACUCUAGAGCUGUUCCCAUUGCACCCACAAGGCUUGAUCGAGACUGCCAAGGGGGUUUGA